AUGGAGCGGCAGGUCGACGGCGGGAAGCAGUCCGCGGGGACUCGACGCGAGGCGACAGCGCGUGGGCUGCUGCAGCGCGGGUGGAGUCGAGUCGAGAGUCCGCUGAGUGUGCAGAAGGAUCCAGUAGCAGUCGCAGGGACACCGCGGUCUGUGGCUGCGACAAGUACACAUCGCCUGAUGCUGCCGAGUCCAACGGAAUACCCGCGUCUCUUUGACGUACGGGGCCCGAGCUCUGCGCGUUCAGCAGACGCAAAUGCAUCGAGAAGUCGUAGCAACGAAGUGGGGGUAUCCAUGCCGCAAUCAGCGCGUGGAUACAGCAGCGGCAGCACGCGGUCGUGGAAUACGUCCAAGAGGACCGAGACGACGAGCAGAAGCAGGUGGCUUGAGCACGGAAAAGAUGGAUAUCAGAAGAACGACGAGCGACAUGUGACUCUUCCGAUGCGUCAUCACAAUCUGCACUCGGUGCUUACGAAUCCGAACGCUCAAACUUGGGGCGACACGUUUCUGGACGCUUUUUAUCCAGCGUCAGACAUCGAUGUGACAUUGUCGCCCUAUUCAAAUCUCGACGAUGGACCGAUAUGCGAUUUCCAGCCUUACUUGCGUCAGUUUGGCACAAACGCAGCCAAGUUUGAAAAAAAUCACCGCAAAGCGGUCCAUGAGCAGCUAUCGUCAAGCAACGUGCCGUCGAUCUCUGUUGCAGAUGAGGGUGUGACCCAGUGUCUAGACAUUGUGCCUGACUUGUUCUUCCGGCCAGACUUCGAUCUUUCCGAUCCCGACACAUUCCAAAAAGUGAUGAACAGGCCGAGCUCUACAUCGCUUCAGACUGAGCUGACGACAUACUUGGACCGCGUAGAGCUUACACUUCUCCGCCAGGUGUCGUCUCGCUCCGAUCGAUUCUUUGAGGCAUCCGUAGACCAGGAGGCGACGAAACAGUCGAUUAAAGCUGCCUGCGACCAAGUCGCGACGUUAAGGCGAACAAUGCAUAGGUUGAAGAAUUCUCUCGCCGAUCGAACUCUUGAUAUUGUGAGUCUGCACCGACGCCAGAAACGGAUCAAAGAGCUUCAUGAUAUAGUGGCAAUGGUCGAGGAGGUCAAGGGUGCCGAGUCCGCUAUCGAGGCGUUAGUACAGUGCCAAGAUUACACGAACGCCUUAGACUUGAUCGAAAACUCGCAGGUGAUUCUGAGGAAGCAUUUACAGGGCAUAUGCGGACUUCGCGCGCUAAGUGAGAAGUUCCGUAGCUACCGAGACUUUAUCAGUGCGCAGCUUUCGCAACGUUUUAUCUCAAUUAUUACGGCAUCCACAUGGACCUUCGAUACAUCGGAUGGGAAACGACUGGAAGGUUUUGAUGACGAAAAGGAUACGGUACAAACGACUAUGCGUCUCGUGGAUAUGCUCUUCCACUUGGAUGUUAUAAUCGAUACGGUGAGGACAUAUCAUGAACAGCUAAAUGAAGAAGUUCGGCUCGUCGUGAAAACGGUUGUUACUGAAACGAUAUCAGUGUCAAACAGCAGCAAGGGCAGCAGCAGCUCGACGGAUAUGGGAGCAUCUUCUGGUAGUGAACCAAAGGUGUCAGUUCAACUCCGGGCAUUGACGUCAGACGAAUUUCUUCAGUGUGUUCAGAUGAUUUUCGAGCACUUGCAAAUCGUGAUAAAGCGUGCAGUGAUUGUCCAGGACAUCCUGGUCAAAUCGAUGCAGCAGAAAAGUGACAAAGCGGCGGAAGAGGAGACAAGACUAGAAGCUGCUGCUAGCGACGAAGCGCACAGAAAUAGCACCGAAGCAUCACAGGAGAAUAAAGCAUUUUCAUCCGAGGGGUGGACCGAAAAUCCCAAUGGGGUGCGUAAAAGGCUGGAUAAUCGUAAGAUAACAGCGCGGUGUGCCACAGUGAUUCGAGAGAUCGAUGAAGUCGUGCGCAAGAUAUGCGAGUUUUCUCAGCGCAGUGUAUCAAACCUGUUUGCGGUGAGAAAGGAGGUCCAAGCCGUAUACACUAUGCCUCAGUUGCGCAAUCUGUACGAUACCACGAUGGACUUCGUUGACGGUAUGGAAAAGCUGACAGGCAAGACAGACUACACUCUCCGUGGUGCUCUGUUCUCUCUACUGAAACUGUUUCUGGAAAAGUACCACCAAGUGCAAGUGGCGAAACUGAUGUCAACGUUAGACCACGAGCUGUGGAAAAGCACUGAGAUAUCUGAGACACGCCAUCGAUUACUUGACGAUCUCUCGAGAGGACGGGGUGUUGCCGUCCUGCUUUCUGACGAUCGAGAAGUCGCUGGCGAAAGUGCUCCACCGCGCAAGAUGGUAUCUAUUUGUGGCAAAUCGUUUCGGGUCGUAUGGUCAGUAGUCCUCAUGUUGGAGAUUGUGGUGAGCUAUCUGUCCUGCGCUGCCAAUUUUCCUGUAUUGGCAACCGAUGUGCUUCAGCGGUGUAUCGAGAUCUUCAGAGUAUAUAACUCUCGCACCACACAACUGGUGCUCGGUGCUGGGGCAAUGCAAAUUGCUCGUCUCAAGAGCAUUUCCACCCGGCAUUUGGCUCUGGCGUCACAAUCAUUGGAGUUGUCCAUGACUCUCCUUCCCCACGUCAAGGCUGCUCUUGCGGCACAUUUCACUGAGCGCCAGAAGCUGCUACUCGACGAAUUUGACCGUGUCCUGCGUGACUAUGCUGAGCACAAUGAGAAGAUUUUUAGCAAAUUUACGAGCGUUGUGGAGGAUCAGAUCAUGAAGCGGUUCCUGGAAAAUGUGGCAUCAGAGGUCGACUAUGAUUCUGCUACCCUCGCCAUUCCAACAGCACCCAUGAGAGCCAUUGCACAGAAUACACUGAAGCUUUACGCAGUCUUGCAUCCCAUCCUUUCGUCACCGCAGAUGAAGGAUGUCAUGUCGCGUGUGUUCGACAUGUUCGGACAGAAGCUGCCGGACUGCUAUAAACUGGUGCAGCCUCGAACAGCGGCAGGGAAGAAACGUGUUAUAGAAGACGUUGAGGUGUUUGUGCGGAGUUUUAACAAGGUCGCUGAGCUACCAUUCGACGGCGGCAGCCUCUUGAAACACUUCAGCAAUACUUACUGCGCGUCGUAG